GUUACCCAUGUCCCCUUCCUGUUGCAUCUCUGUUCGGUGGUAGAACCCAAGGCUGUGGCCGCAAGCCAAGCACCAAUGAAUAUCAAUACUUCUAUUGCUAUACAAGCAGUGCUGCUUGUUUUGGCAUUAGUUGUCCUGAUUCUACGAUGCUGGGCGCACCACCUCCUCAAGCAGAGCUUACUCAGCCUCUCUGAUAUUUUCGCAUGGCUAGGAUGGGUUUUCAGCUUAGGAUGGUUUAUCUGCUCAACCCUUGCGCUCCAAAUUCUCAUCGACAACCCCGCGGUCGGUUCUGAACUCGUGGUCGAUUCAGUAGAGUAUUUGAAGACUGUGUUGGUGGCUGAGUACUUCUUUGAUACUGGGAUUUACUUUCCCAAGAUAUCCAUUGUUCUUUUUUACUGGACGUUGAUUCCCAGGGUUCUGGAAACCUUGAGAAGUGUGUUACUCGGAAUCUCGAUUUAUCUGGGUUGCGCUUUGCUCGCAUCGGUGCUCACAAACACUCUCAUAUGCCUGCCUUUCUCCGAUAACUGGUCUAUCGAAAAUCAGCUGAAGUCAGCUUGGAACUCAUACCCUUCCUUCUGUGUUCAGUGGGCUCUUAACUUUUCGACGGAUUUGCUCAUCUUCAUCUAUCCAUUCUUCCUGUUGAAGCACUUGAACUUGCGCAAAGAACAAAAGAUUGGUCUUAUUGGCGUCUUUUCCUUGGGCACCAUUACAUUAAUAGUCAGCCUUUCCCGAUUCAUCGCAUACAAUGCGACCGACUUUGAGCUUGAGGACGAGUCCGGCAACACCUUAACUCUUGCCGAAAUGAGUACCGCCGUCAUCGUCGUUUGUCUCCCGGGCCUUCGAAGAUUCAUCAUACGAUCCAAAAAGUCUACAAAUCGCUCGUCUUCGCACCAGCUUAGCGGCUACGGUAACCAUACAAGGAUCGGAGUAGGCCAAACAUCCAAGGUCGGCACAUACAAAGGACAAGCACCACCAUCGUCAUAUGCAAAAUGGGGCGUAAGAGAUGAUGAGAUCGAGUUGGUGACUCACAUUCGCGUUUCCCAUGAACUGGCGAACCCAGACGCUUGCAGCGUGAGCGAACAAAGCGGUACUAGUCGAAAUUUGGGGUGAUAGUGUUCCUAACAUUAGACUUUGGCGUUGGAGGAAAUGGAUACAUGAUUUAUGAAAUGAGACGUGUUGAGAUUACGACAGCAAAGCUGUACGAGCUAUCACACUGGAAGCAUCCCAUAUGAUGGCAGUUACAUACUCGAUAAGUGAACUGAGUGGAACGUGACUUGGUUGAUCUUUUUAGAGACCGUGAAGCCUCAAAGUUCCGUAAAUGAUAGAAGAUAG